AUGGUGAUGCCAGUGUCUGUGCCCGUCCCAACGAGGAGGGUGUCCCCGGGCCAGGCCCAGGGGGGGGGACAACAGAAGACCCCCAGACGCCAUGCGCUCUAUCAGAGCCUCAUGCACGAGGCCGGGAGGGGGGACGGAGGCCAUUACACCCCCCCGCCCAUGCUGAGGAUCAACCUGGGGAGGAGGUUCCAGGCCGAAGUCCCGCCCCUUCGGGCCCGGAACGCCGCCCACGCCAGCUCCCACAAUGCAACGCUGCUGUGGACGCCGUGGGACAAGCUGGAGGGCCCCGGCGGCCAGCAGAGAGGUACAGAAGCUCACACUGAGGCCGGGCUUUCUCCGGUGGAGGCUCUGCUGAUGAUGGCCAAGUCCAGCGUGCUGCUGGGAGGGGGGAGCAGCCCGGAGUACGUCCUCCAGGUCCUGUCCGAGAGCAGGGGAGACUUCCUGAAAACAGUGGAAAAGCUGCUGACGGCUCCCAGACCCUCCAGCCUCAGCCGGACCGGUCAGACUUCUCCCGUUCUCUCGGACUCGGGCAGCUUCUGCCUCCCCAGAGCAGCCAGUGACUCGCUUUGUCCCGCAGGCCUGAGCUGGAGCCCCGUGGAGAAGCGUCUGCUGCUCAAGUCCCUCCAGCUCCACCACAAAGACUUCAGCAGCAUCCAGAGAGCCGUCCUCCUGCGUGGAGGAGUGUGGAGAUCCAGAGGAGAAUCGGCCGGGAUGGGAGCGGAGGAGCAGGAGGAGGGAGGAGCGGCCGGGAGGAAGCCCCAGAAAACCUCCAAAGAGGUUUAUUUCUGCGUGCUGCCCGAUAAGUACCAGCCUCUGAUCGAGGAGGAGGAGAGGGACGAGAGCCGGGAGGAGAGGGAGAAGAGGAGGGAGGAGAAGAGGAGGAAGAGGAAGACCAGGUUCAAGAAGUACAGAAAGAACGUGGGCGGGGCCCUGCGGCUGGGCUGGCGCUGCCUGCUGACCGGCCUCCAGAGCAUGGCGUCCACCUACUCCACGCCGCUGUCCGCCGUGGCCACCGUGGCGACCCAGGCCCAGCGGGCCGCCGGCAGCAAAGCAUGA